AAAGCAGAGAUAAUCAGAAAGCUUACUUCCGCAUAUAGACUUCCUGUAAUGCAUUUUGACUUUUCAAAGAUUGUUUACAAGCAAAUUGCAGAGCGUAUAAUCAUUCCAAAAAUUUAAUAAUCUCGGAGUUGUUUGUCGUGGACUUAUUGAGAUUAGUAAAAAUGAGCUUAUUAAGACUUUGUAAUGUAUUGUUAAACCUGGGAUUAUAGUUCAAACUAAUUUUCUGUGACCCACUUGUUGCGUUUAGGUUAUGGUGUUAUAAACAAAAAUAUGUUGGCUAUAAAUGUUUGGUUUUUAUGAUAAAUUCGUGUAUGCCAGACGAUAGGAAUGGAGGGUCCAGGUCUGAGCUUAUUUUUAGGUUCAGAAAAUAUCCAACUAAAUACAAAUAUACAAGACUUAGAAGAAGAUGAAGAACAAGAAGAUGCUAAGCAACGUAAUAAAGAGAUCAAGGAUCUCUUGGACAAUGCAUUUGAUGAUUUAGAUGAUGAAUCUGACACUAGUUCUAUUAAUGACAGCCAUUAUCAAGACAGUACUAAAGGAUCAGAAGUUACUAAUACUAUGUUAAAUUCUCCUCAAAGAAUUAUAUCAUCCAAAGAUCAAACUGUAUCUCAAUUACAGAAAGAAUUUGGUAUUUAUGAUCAUGUCAAAAAUUCAAAUAACUAUGAUAGUACUAUAAUAAAUCAUAGGUCGGAGAUAGAAAUCGCUCCUUCAAUUUCCAAUAUACAAAGAGACUUUGAUGUAUAUGAUCAAACUGAUACUCCAUAUUCUAAAAAUAAUAAGGAUAAUGAUAUGCAUAAUAUUAUUGCUGAAACACCUUAUGAACUAACAAGAUUACCAAACUCUGGAUUUCCUAAAGAUUUAAGAACACAAGUUGAGGAAGAUUAUACAUUUAAUGAAAAUUAUUCGUAUAAUUAUCAUACACCAGCUAAUCAUUACGAUGCUCAAGGUAAAAAUUAUUCAAAUAAUGGUUAUAUCGAUGGAUAUGACAAUAAUGUACAAUGUAAGCAAAUUCAUGAGUUUGGAGGUGGUGACAAUGUUACAUCUGAUCAUAUAAAUCAUUGUUACAAAACAAGUCCAAAUGGCAGACCAACAGAUGAUGGUGUAGCUUAUAAAAUGGCCGAGUAUGAUAGUAAGGAACAAUUAGAAGUUUUAUAUACAGUGCGAAUGAAAGAAGUUAAGCGAUUAACAGAAGAAUUGCAACAAGUUCGGUUGGAAAAAGAAGAAGAGAAGAAUCAGCUUAGUAGGAAAAUAACACUUUUACAGGCUGAUAUUGAAAGAUCAAACAUAUCUAGAAAUCAAACGCAACAUGCUUUGGUUGAUGCAAAAGCUGAGAUUGCUGAUCUUCAUAAUCAAAUAACAUCAAUGAACGAGAAAAAUGCAGUUUUAGAGAAAACUAAUCAAAAUAUGACAGAAGAAUUAAAUGUCGCAAGAGAUUCUGUAAUAGAAUUACAACAAAAAAUAACUGUAUUAGAAAGAGUACAAGCAUUACAAGCAAAUGAUAAAACACAUGAAAAAUUUUUGAAACAAGCGCAAGAGAAACAUGCUGUUGAAAUGAAGAAUAUGCAAAUUCAAAUAGAUGUUCUUACUGACAAACUUAAUGCAAAGCUGUUCAAUAUGGAUUCCAACAAUCAUUGUAUUUGGGAAGCAUCUUAUGUCGCUUUGGAAAAUAAAUUAGCUGAUGUAAGAAGGGCAAAUGAAACAUUGAUGGUAGAGAAAGGAGAUACAAUGAAUCGUUUAGCACAAGCAUUAGAAGAAAGUCAGACGCAGUGUCGAAAUCUUAUGGCUACAAAUAACGCUCAGCAAGUAAUGCAGCUUCAAGCACAAAUUAAAGUUUUAACACAAGAAAGAGAAGAAAUGCAAAAAAUGAUUCAAGAAUUACAGAAUAAAUUAGAGAUAGCAAAAAAUGAUGCUGCACAGUAUGAUUCAUUGUUAGCUACAACAUUAGAAGAAGAAUCUGAUUCUAUUAGACAAAUGAAAUUAGGUGAUUUUCAUAAUAAAUCAAAAUCAAAACCCUAUGAUGAUAUCACAAGUAAAUUAAGGGGAGAAUUGCAAAGAUGUUUAGCUGGACAAGCUGUCAAAAGGAAAGAAAUAACUCGAUUAGAAAAUACUUUAUCACAAAAAGAAAAAGAAAUUGAUAAAGCUUUAACUGCAGCAGAUACAUGUCGACAAGAAGCAUCUCGAUACGCUAAACGUGUUAAUGAAUUAGAACAAGAAUUGAAAUCUGUACUUACGAAUGAAGCUUUGAAAGCAAAUGCUCAAAUACAGAAGUUGUCCAAUCAUCUCAGUGAUGUAAAAAAACAAUGCGAAUCAUUGAGAGAAGAAAAAACAAAAUUAGAACAGAAAUUAAAAGAAACAUUAGCAGUUAAUGAAGAAACACUUAUAAAAUUACAUCAAGAAAACAUAAAUCAGCAAGAAAAAGACACCAUUGAUGAGUACAAUAAAGAAUAUUUAGAAAUACAUGCUAAAGCUGUAGAACGAGUUAGACAAGAAGCACGAGUUGAAGUAGUGCAAUUAUCUGUGCAAUUGGAACAAACGCAAAAAGAGUUGGAUCGUGUUAAAGAAUUGUAUAUAGAUAUCUGUAGUACAAAAGAACAAUUAAUAAGUGAACACAAAUCUGAAAUCAAAAUGUUAAGAGAAAAAUAUACUAGCUUAGAAGAACGUGAAAUAGAUAUAGAAAAAUACCAACAUGAUUUAAGGGCACAAGUAAAGAUAGCAGAAAAAUUAACGGAAGAGUGCGACAUGUACAGAAAUAAAGUAAUUGAAUUAGAAAAAGAUCUAAAUUGUGAAAGGAAGAAGAAAGAUGAAUACACAAACAAAAUUCAUCAAGAAAUUGAAAAAGCUAAAGAAGAAGCUUUAAAUGAAUUACGCAAUGCCCACCCUAACCAAGAAAUAAGUGUUCACUUGCCAGAUCAUUGUUCCGAACAUUUAGAAAAAAUAAAUCAGUUGGAAGAAGAUUGUAAACGUUUAGAAGAUAAACUACAUGCUGCAGUUAAAGAACAUAAAAAAGUAUUGGAAUAUCAAUCUGCCUUAGAUGAUGCUAAAUUAAAGACAGCACAGAUGGAAAUAUCUCAAGAAUCUUGGAAAAAGAAAUAUGAAAAUGCAAUUAGUGAAAGGAAUAAUCUUAUUACUAAAAUUUCUAAACUUGAUUCUGAAUUAUCAAGUAUCAAACGAAAUUCAAAGAUUGAAGACUCUGAUGAUGUAAAAUUAAAAGUAUCUCAGUAUCAAAUAGAAAAUGAAGAUUUAAAAAAUAAAUGUGACAGUUUAAUUAGUGAAACAAGCAUUUAUAAAGAUAAAAUCGCGCAGUUAGAAGUAGAAUUAUCAGAAACGAAAAAUCUAAUUGGAAAUUUCGAGGGCAGGUUAAAAAAAAAUAGUGAAAUAUCAUCAAAUUCAAAAUGUGUAUUGGAAAAAGAACUUUCUCACUACAAAGAUUUGGCGACACAAUUAAGUAUUAAGAUAAAUCAUCUGAAGGCUGGAAGAAAAAGUAAUCAUGUUAUGGAGCAAAGAAUCAAACAACUAGAAACAGAUUUACAAGGAAAGGAAGAGGAAUUAGAAAGAUUAAAAGACUUUGACAAAAUAAAAAUGGAAAGAGAUCAAUUUGUUUUAAAGUUAAAAAAUCAAGCUAAACAAUUUGAACAAUAUGUUAAGCAUCAAAAGCAAGUAUUUCCUGAAUUAAAUUUAUCACCAGGUAGUUCAAGUGAUGGCACAGAUUUUCUAAAAAUAAGGGAAGUUAUGGUAAAAGAGUUACGCGAAGAGAUGGAACAGAAGGUACAUGAAGAACUUAAACGUAUAGAGGAACAUGAUCGAAAAAAAAGGAAUGAGUUAGAAGAAACAUAUAAAGCAGUUUUAAUACAGUUUUCAAAAUUAAAAAAUAUAUGUCACGAAAAGACGCAGGAAGUAGAAAAUUUAAAAGUGGCGAAGGAACGAUUUAGUCAAAUGAUUGAAACUUGUUAUAAGGAAUUGGUAGCAAAACAGUUGGAAAUCGAAAAGUUGCAAGAAGAAUUAAAACAAAAAGAAAGUGAUGUGGAUGAAGAGAGAAAUCUAAUGGCUAAAGUUAUGACUAAAUGGGUUAGAGAAAUUUGGGAAGUAAAAGAUAAAGAAGUUGAAAUGAAUGAAAAAUUACAGCAGUUACAGGAAAGUGAAGAAAAUUUGAAAACAGAGAUAAAAACGUUAAAAGAAAGAGAAAAAGAAAUGAAAAGUAAUAUCGAUACGUUAAAAAUGAAAUAUCAGUCGGCAAAAAAGAUUGCGAACAACUACAAGGAGUAUGCAGUGAAUCAAGAGAAAUUUUCAUUAAGUGAAGGUAAACGUAUAGAGGAAGGAUACAAAAAAGCCAUGAAUCAACUACAACAAAAGCUUGAUGCAAUAGUUAGUACUCAAGAAGAAAAACUUAAAGAAAUUGAAUGUCAGUAUACUGAAAGAAUAGAACAAAUGCGACUUACACAGAAGUACAAAAGGGAUCGACCAAUUCGUGGCGUCGAUUAUCAAAUCGUAACGGGAAUUUAUGACCCUCGUUGACGCCUUCCUUCAUGAUCGUAUAACGUAAAUCACGUUAGAGACCAGGACACACACACACCGCGGGCAGGAUGGUGUCACGAUCGGCAUACUUCGAACCCGAUGGACCGAUGAU